CCCUCUGUGGGGGGAUUUCCCACCAGCCCACUUCCAAACAAGCUGACUGAGUCUGCACUGAGGGAUUAAACAUAAACAGGAGCGUUAAGAUCAGCACUGCAACACCAGAACAGAGCUAACAGCGUGAGUCUGAGUCCUUCCACACCACAGGUGCACAUCAGAGGCUACAGAGCGGAGAUAACAGUCACUUCAGCUGGAAGAGAUAACAAAGAGCUUCAUCGGGAUUGCAAGUUUGGACAGAAAGUCCAUUCUCAGACAAAAAUAUUCCCAAUAAGGAGAAGCGAAACCACAAGUCAAGAUGAAUCAGUUCUUCAUCCUUGUCAUCCUUGCAGCAGUCAGUGUGAACAUGGCUUAUUCACGCAGACGGUCACUAAAACAUCGGGACAUCGAUGAUGAGAUGUGUCAGUCUGGAGACGGGAGCAGUUACAGGGGAUAUGUUUCCAGUCCGAUGUACAGCCGCAAGUGCCUCAGCUGGAGCAGGGUUAAACAUUCCUGGGGAGCUUUGGAAGGAGUUGGCCCUCAUAAUUACUGCAGGAAUCCUGACCGGAGCUUGAUGCCGUGGUGCUUUGUCCGAAAAGGGAGGAGGAUUGUGAGAGAAUUCUGCAGUAUUCCCAGAUGUUCUACAGAAACAAUAAAACUUCCAACAGCUGUUGAUACAGAGCUGACAUGUGGUGAGAGGUCCGAGCGGAAGAUGCAUAGAAUUGUGGGAGGUUCUUUCACAGCCAUAGAUUCGCACCCGUGGGUGGCUGCUAUCUAUCACAAGGGCAGGUUCCUCUGUGGCGGGUCCCUCAUCGCGCCUUGCUGGGUUGUCACAGCUGCACACUGCUUCAUUCAAACCGAGGAGAUCAAAACUGAGAAUCUGUUUGUAUACCUGGGGAAGACUGCCAUCAAUGAAACAGAUGCCGACAAGGAGCAGAGCUUCUUUGUGAAAAAACUGAUCAACCACCAAGAAUAUAACAAGUCCAACUACAACAACGACAUAGCGCUGUUGAUGAUCAAAGGCAUAAAUGGAGGAUGUGCAGUGAAGUCGGCGUCAGCACGGACAGUGUGUCUUCCUCCAUCUCACACUCAUCUUCCUGCGGGAUUUCAAUGCAGCGUCGCAGGAUUUGGGAAGGAGAAAUACGGGGCGUGGCGCUACUCACAGUUUCUUAAACAGGGCGAGGUGAAGCUGCUCUCCCGGACUGACUGUAAAAGAGAACCGCACUACAAAGAGCUCUUCACCAACAAUAUGAUUUGUGCUGCGAGCCCUGACUGGAGCACCGAUGCCUGCGAGGGUGACUCUGGUGGUCCGCUGGUGUGUGAAGUGUCAGGCCGGAUGUUUCUGUUCGGGGUGGUGAGCUGGGGUGAAAACUGUGCCGAGAAAAACAAACCAGGUGUUUACACGCAAGUCACCAACUAUAACAACUGGAUCGCAGAGAAAACAGGGCUCCAAAAAUAUACUAAAGGAAAAAUGUAUCCCACAAAAUGAAGCUGUAGCAGAAAGUUACCAAUUGAGCAUUGCAUGUUUCUUAAAGGAAAAUUUGGCAGCGUUUUUUUUUUUUAGGACUGUGUGUUUAUGCAAGCAUGUGCAGAUGUAGGCAAGUUUGGUAGCUGAAAGGCAUCGCUAAUAAUGUGCAUUGAAAAAAAUUUGGAGAGUGAAAUUUUACUGUCACAGUUCUGAGUGAAUGUUUUCUUUAAAAAUUAUUAUAUUUUUUAUUAAUAUCAUUAUUAUUUUAUUAUAUAUAAUAUGUUUUCAUCAUGUAUGUAUAAACCUUUCAUACUAAGAGUGUGGAUUUUUUAAAACAAGCUGUUAGAAAGUUUAUUUAUCUUAUUUAAUUUUACAAGCAAUUCCUCUCGUAGAAGGCUGGGCCUGCUGUUGAGUACUUUUUUUGAAUAAUAAAUAAAGUAUUUGUGUUACAUA